AUGUGUACAAAGACAAAGGCAAGAAACUUUACAGGGUGCUGGGCAUGUCGCUUCAAGAAGAGGCGGUGUGACGAAAGAAAGCCAUACUGCUCGUUAUGCCUAAAACACGGAGAUCAAUGUAGCUACGAUAUACGGCUUAUGUGGCUCGACGACAACAUGUUCUCGACCAAUGAAAAAAGAGAACUCAUCUGCAUGAAGGAAAUACAAGGAAGCAAAAACAGUCGCAGUCGUUGUAGAAGUGGAAAACAUAGAAUAUCGAAAAAGAGGUUCCGAGAAAUGACGCAAUUUCGUCAGCUGUCUCCACCCAAUUCGGACGACGAAAUGGCGUCUUGUGACAGUGACGAUGACUCUGGAAAUUUCACAAUAAGCAUCCGUAGACUGAAGAUAUACAAUAAUGCGCUUAAUUGCAUUCAUGGAGAGAAGAGCCAAAAUUUUGAUCAGAAAUUUGUAGACAGGCAGCUUAGCAGGCAUCUCUGUGAGAUUGACACACGGUGUGAAUCACACAUGGGCAGCGACCAUGGUUGUUGUGUUAGAAGCGGGCCCUUCAGUAUUUUCAAAAUCGCGCCACCUUCAGCGGCAGUGACACCUCGCAAUUCCGUGACAGAAAUCAUCGAAUCGUCUAGCCUCCCAGACACACCAACCUCACUAUUACGCUCCUCACAAGGACAAUUAGAUGAGCAUGCGUUUUUAGAUUCCUCCACGAAUAUCACCGAGGAGUUUUUGGGUUCUUUUUGGCCCAGAAUGCUUGUGGAGAAUGACGACAAUUUUUGCCUCAAGCAACCCGCGUACGUUAGUUGGCUGGCAUCCAAAGUACAUGUGUCCAUUAAUUUAAUAGCACCUCAGUUUCUCUCGGAACUGAUGCAUACUUCCGUAGAUUUCGAUAAGUGGCUUAAGUUUCUUCCAGUAUGUCCUCAAGAAGGACAGGCUUUAUACCUGUUGCUGAUGGCGCUGAAUAAAUGUACACAGGAGGUAAUACAGGCGACACUUGACUGGAUCAAGGAGCAAAAAACCAUAACAUACCUUGCAUACCCGCUACUGGCGCUAUCACUAAGCAAUUCAGCAGAUAUUGCACUUUUAUUUCACUGCCAUGACUUGCUAACUAACUCUGAACUAGAAGACUUAUUCCAAUAUGAGCUAAUUUCAACAUUGAAGAUUAAUGCUAUUCAGUUAAUUCUGCAACAGUGGAAUAAUCUCAUGUUGGAUCAAAUUUGUCAAUGUCAGGACACAACUUACACCGAAAUGCAACUAAAAUUCUGGGAGAUGCAAUUACAAUCUAAUGAAGAUUUUUAUAGAGAUAUAUGCCUUACAUGA